GAGGGAGAGAGGGGCGCCGUGGGUUCCAGUGUGAUGGGAAACUUCAGAGUAUUCCGUGAGCCUGCACCCCUACUUUGAGGCUCACUGAGACGCGGACAUUUCACCAAGGGUAUAACGAUUACAUUGCAAAGUCUUUGCAAAGAUGGGGGACGACAAACCUUUUGUGUGCAGUGCUCCCGGCUGUGGGCAGAGGUUUACUAAUGAGGACCACCUGGCUGUCCACAAGCACAAACACGAAAUGACACUCAAAUUUGGACCCCCCAGGACCGACUCUGUUAUCAUCGCAGACCAGACGCCGACUCCCACUCGUUUCCUGAAAAACUGUGAAGAGGUAGGCCUGUUCAAUGAGCUGGCCAGCUCAUUCGAGCAGGAGUUCCCUAAAGCCCAGGAAGACGAGGACAAGAGGGCCAAGAACCCGUUGCCUGCUCCUAAUUCAGGGGCAUUAGACAUGAGUUUACAGACGCCCUCAGAUGUUAAGGUGAAGGAAGAGGACCCUGUCGAGGUGGAUUCGUCUCCGCCUGCCAGUCCAGACUCCAUCUCCAGCAUGUCAGAUAGCAACAGAGAAUCCGAAGGCAGAGGAAAGGAUUCUCCCCCAAAGCCGGCAGUCAGUUCGGCUCCCACCCCUACCAUAGUGCGUCCUGGUUCUCUCCCCCUGCACUUGGGUUAUGAUGGCCUACAUCCCACCAUGCCCUCCCCUACCUCCGUCAUCACACACACCCCACCAUCCAACCGCACACUGGGGUCUCCCACUGGGCUGUACCCAAUGAUGAUGCUUCCAAAUGGUCAUACAGUUCCUGUUCUACCAGGUCCUGUACAGAUGCCCUCUGUAAUAUCUAUGGUAAGGCCUCUGUGUAUGGUGCCCAACAUUCCAGGAAUCCCAGGCCCUCCACUAGGGGGCAGCAGCAGUGGCUCAUCCUCACCCUGUGGUUAUAACCCCCACCAUGAGGCCAAGAUGAGGUUGAAAGCAGCAUUAUCUCAGCAGAUGCCUGCAGCUCAGGGUUGUAUUGGUGUGGCGAUGGGUUCAAGUGCGAUGGUGCCACAGAGGGUGGAGCAAAGCCAGCUACUGGUCCAGCAUCCAGAUGCCCCAUCCCCAGCCCAGCCACAGGUGUCCCCUGCUCAGCCCACUGGGGGUCGCAGGCGGAGGACGACAGAUGACGACCCUGAUGAGAGGAGGCAACGCUUCCUUGAGCGGAACCGGGCAGCUGCAUCCCGCUGCAGACAGAAGCGCAAGGUGUGGGUCAACUCUCUGGAGAAGAAGGCAGAUGAGCUCUCCUCCAUGAACGUCUCACUGUCGAAUGAGGUGUCUCAUUUACGAAAUGAAGUUGCUCAUCUGAAGCAGCUGUUGUUAGCCCAUAAAGACUGUCCCGUCACCACCCUGCAGAAGAAAGCCGCCUAUAUGGGAGAGGAGCACAUGAAAGAGACGUCUGAGCCUACAGGCUCCCCAGCACCUGUCAUACAGCACAGCUCUCUGGCCCCCAGCCCCUCGUCUGCAGUUGGCCGCAACGGUUUGAGCUCCCGUGCAGCAGCUGAGGCCGUAGCCAUGUCGGUGCUGGCAGGAAUGGGUAGCCAGCGAGGGGAGAGCGGUGGGCCGUCACACGUCAUCAUGACCACACAGUCCCACUCUUCCAGCAGAUGAUGAGAACGUCUAACAGCCUGCCUGGGACUCUCCGCAUCCCGGAAGAGGGACAGAUCUACGGCAGGAGGGGGUGAUGGACUCACCCUCUUCCUUCUCUUUAGUCUGGUUCUCUCUCACGCCAUCAUAUUCUGGCCUGGAGCUCAGCUGCAUUCUGGAAAUGAACUGGGACUAUAUACACAUAUAGAGAGAGACAGGAGAUUGUUGUUCAUUAUGCCAUAGACUACGGGGGCUGGACUCCAUCUCACGCUCCUCCCUUAAACUUCCUCUCCUCACCCGCCGUUGUCCCUGACCUCCACUGGCUGUAGGACUGCAAAGCACUUCCUGUCAUUAAACGUACCCCCAUAGACUUAUGCACAUACAUGCGCUGCAAUGAAGACAUCUCCUGAAAUGUGAUCAUUGAAGGCAUUCAAGUAAAAUAUAAAUUAAAAUUCUUUCAUCAUUUACUCACCACCAGAUGUUAGGCAGAAUGUUAGCCCUCAGUCACUAUUUACUUUCAAAGUAUGGAAAAUGAAACUAAAUGGUGACUGAGGCUAACAUUUACUUUUGCGUUCUACGUAAGUAACAAAGUCAUACUGGUUUGGAACAUCAUGAGGGUGAGUAAAUGUUGACUGAAUUUUCAUAUUUGGGUGAACUAUCCCUUUAAGUGAGAGAAUGCAACACAGAACACUUGGUGCACGUGUACAUGUGCUGUAUCGCACAUUAAUUCACUUCCAUGUCUCGAGGUUGCAACAAUGCAGUACUUUAUAUAUAUUCUUAUAUAUAUGUAUUUGUAUGUGCGUGUAUUUGAGAGGGACAAAAAUUAUGCUUUAAAGUUCUAUGUACUCUCUACUUUAGUUCCUUUCUAUUUUAGAGCAGAUUUUUUUUUUUUUUUUUUUUUUUCAGAUUGCCACCCCGUCAUCUGUCCCUCGCUGAACUCUUACCUCAUUUUUAACCUGUUAUAUACGCUUAUAAUCGACAUGUGCAUGUGUGCUUCUCAUGUAAGUGUACAGUAAUGUGCAAUGGAAAAUUGCAGUUUGUGAAAGACUGAUACACUAAGACUGCCUAGUUAUCAUGCAACCUAUUGCUAUAUGUAAACUAUUGUAUUGGCACAUUGCGUUCAUUUUGGGCUAUAGAACCUGUUAGUUGUUGUUUUUUGGUAAUUUCUUUGUUUUCUUGUAACCGUAUACGGCAAACUCAGAAACUGCAAAUAGCAGACUGACUAAGGUCAUGAUUGAUGAUCGAUUGUAAUCUGGACCCUUGCGUCCGGUCUAGUGUCUUGAAAAAUCACUGUUCCAUGUGUUCACUGUCCACUUAUGCAAUUUCUUCCCCUAUGAAGUGAUCACAAUGCUUAGCUUAACCUUAGUUUGAGUAAAGUUAGACCAUAAGUAAUUAUUGAGGCUUCUAAAGUAAUCUUUGCCCUAUCAUUUUCUACUUUUAGUCAUUUUAUAGCUUUAAUAAUUCAUCAGAUUAAACCCUGCUGCUGUGUUUUC